AUGAGUGGCAGGGUGUGGUUACCUGCAGUGGGACUGCUGGCUUGGAUAUGUUGCCUCAGUCUGGCACCAAUCCAGGGAGGGAAGGUGCUGGUUAUGCCUGUGGAUGGAAGCCACUGGCUCAGCAUGAAGAUACUGGUGAAGGAACUGGGCCGCAGGGGCCAUGAGGUUACUGUUCUGGUGCCUGAAAGCAGCCUGUUAAUCAAAGGCUCAGACAGCUACAAGAAUGAGAUCUACAAAGUGCCGUAUACCCAAGCUGACCUGGAUGAAAAUUUCAAUAAGCUCAGAGAAGGAGUGUUCAGCCACACACCUGGAAUCACAGAUCUGUUCGUCAAUGUGCAGCUUAUUGUAAACGCUACUUCACUCCAGGUGGUGGGUUGUGAAGCUUUGCUGGACAACGAGCCUUUAAUGGGACGACUGAGGGGAGAGGGGUUUGAUGUCAUGCUUACAGACCCCUUCCUUCCUUGCGGCUCUGUCCUGGCUAAACUCUUCUCAAUUCCAGCUGUUUAUUUCCUGCGUGGACUUCCAUGUGGAUUGGACAUUAGAGCUAACCAGUGCCCGUCUCCUCCUUCUUAUGUUCCUGUGCAAUUCUCCGGUAAUACAGACAACAUGACCUUCCCACAGAGAGUGAAAAACAUGUUUAUGCACAUUUUGGAAUCCUACCUUUGCAAAGUAUUGUAUCAACACUUUGAUGAUCUGGCCAACAAACGUUUUGGAAACGGCAUGACUUAUACAGAACUUAUAAGCCAUGGAGCUAUCUGGCUUCUCAGAUAUGACUUUGUGCUUGAAUGGCCCAGACCUCUCUUACCAAAUAUGGUUUUAAUUGGUGGGAUCAACUGUGCAAAGAAAGCUCCUCUACCAGCGGAACUACAAGAGUUUGUGGAUGGCUCGGGAGAUCAUGGCUUCAUCGUCUUCACACUGGGGUCAAUGCUGUCUAAAAUGCCUGUGGAGAAAGCUAAACUGUUCUUUGAUGCAUUUCGUCAAAUUCCUCAGAGGGUUGUGUGGAGAUACACUGGUGAUCUACCUAACAAUGUUCCCAAGAAUGUCAAAGUUAUGAAAUGGUUACCUCAGAACGAUCUCCUAGGCCAUCCCAAUGCUAAAGUCUUCAUGACUCAUGGAGGUUCCCAUGGUAUCUAUGAAGGUAUCUGUAAUGGUGUGCCCAUGUUGAUGUUUCCACUUUUUGGGGACCAGGGAGACAAUGUAAAGCACAUGGUGGCCCGUGGUGUGGCAGAGGAACUCAGUGUAUUUGACGUGACAAGUGAAACACUGGCAUCUGCUCUGAAGAAAAUCAUCCAGGAUAAAAGUUACAAAGAACGGAUGGUGGAGUUGUCCCAGACACAUCUAGACCGCCCUGUCCAGCCCAUGGACCUGGCUGUUUUCUGGACUGAGUUUGUCAUGAGACACAAAGGAGCCACACAUCUGAGGGUUGCUGCACAUGACUUGAACUGGAUUCAGUACCAUAGCCUGGAUGUCAUCGGCUUUUUAGUCUUUGUUAUAAUGACUGUUUUGUGGGUGACAAUGAAAUGUUUCUUGUUUUUCAUCCACAAGUGUUUCAGAAAAAGUAAUGCCAAGAAAAAAUCUCAGUAAAUACUGUCAUGAUGUGAAUGAUAUAAACACUGCUGUAAAGUUUCAGUGUGUUUCACUACAGUAUGUUUGUGUCAAUUAUUUAUUUAUUCAGUUUAAUUAAAGCAGCUCUGAUAAAUAAGUAGGCUCAAGACUAUGAAGACUUUUAAUAACUACUAAAAAACCUUAAAAUCAAACCUAAACACUGGUGUAAAGUGUGCCUGUCCUCUGGUACUUAUCAGCACACGUGCAUCUAAGUAAUGGAGUAAUUGUAAACUUUAAACUGUAAAUCUGUCUACUGGAGACAAAAACAUGCAUCAGUGCCUCCAGG